AUGCUUGCUGCCGACGACACCUUUUCUGGGGCAUCCUUCUACGAGUUAGAUCCACUCGCGCCAGACGAUCUACCUGAAACGGUAGAAAAAGACCUCUCCUUCCUUCUUCGGCAUAGCAACUUCCAUACCCUCUCUCAUCUUGACAUCCCUUCGCCACUACGAUCUGAAUUCCUUAUCCUCAACCCAGGAGAGCCUCUAUCAACUUCCCUAGGCACCCUCGAAAAGUUAUUGGGUGAAGGUCGAUUCCUCAUUGCAGCGCACUUCUCAGCUUCGAUCUUGACCUCGUCUUUAAUAUCUCCGACGGAUAUAAAGAUUAUCUUCUCCCUUUUCUACACGCGCCUAGCCUGCUUGGAUCUGUCAGGGAAUACAGUUCUCGCUGCACAGGAAUCGAAAGCCCUGGAAGAUUUGAGUUCAGCAUUUUAUUACGUCGAUCUCAAGCCUGAAUCAGCUGCAGUCGAUAAUGAUAAAGACUCAGAACACGAACAUGAACAUGAACAAGAUCCUCGUCAUAUCGUUCCAUGGCCGCUUCGCGUACUAGCCGUGAGACUCCAGAGCAUAGGCUUUGGUGAUUCUCGCCGAAGCAUUGGUGGUCUGUACGAGAUCGGCCUGGAAGUGCGUCAAGAGAUCAUGAGAAGUGAAGCUAAUGAGGAUGAGCGUGAAUUAUGGAAACAGCGAUUGGCAGAUCUUGGGGUUAGAAGCGUGAAUGCGCUUAUAGAGAUGGGUGAUUUUGAUGCAGCCAGGAGAUCACUUGAUAAUCUCCGGGUACCUGGGCCAGAGUCAGACAUCACAAAGUUAAGGAAAGCACUUUUGCUUCUGCGGAUUGGUGAUCUAGAUGCAGCAAGCGAGGUAUUUGGCGACGUUAAUGAGACGAAAGAGGCUGCUUUACUGAAGCCCCUGAUAAGCAUGUCAGAUGGUCGCUUCGCCGAUGCAGUGGCUGAGUGGCGCACUCUCGGGGAGGAUAAGACAAGGACGGAUGGGGCUCUGGUAGCUCAAAAUCUGGCUGUAUGUCUUCUUUACAGUGGACAACUCGAUGAGGUAUUUGAUCCGUAUACUAUACGCCUAUUUGGAGGGUGCUUUGGACCUAUUGACUGA